AUUUCCUGCUCAAAAUGCGGCGGCAGGCCGGUUACAGCUGAUGCUGCAGCUGCUACUGAUCGCCACGGCGCUGUUCAUCCCGCAGCUUCGGAUUGCGGAGGCGGCGUGCACCAAGGUGCGGAACGUGCUGGUCGUCGGCGCGGGCAUCUCGGGGGUCUCCGCGGCACGACACAUCGCCGUCACCAACGGCGAGUGCUUCAAGGUCACGGUGCUCGAGGCGCGCAACCGCGUGGGGGGGCGGAUGUGGAGCCGCACGGAGCCCGCGCCGGCUGCGGGCGUCGGCAGCGGCGGCGUGAUUCGCGGCGAGAUGGGCGCGCAGUGGAUCCAAUCAGCGACAGGCAACCCCAUCACGGCCAUUGCGCGCCGAUUCAAGCUCAAGAUCGGCGAGCAAAACGGCGAGGAGAUUCAGUACCGUGCGGGUGGGAGCGCGUACACUGCCUUUCAGCUAAAAGUCGCAUCGGCUAAGUACGACUGGGCGUUGAAGCGCGCCAAGCAGAUCGCGAACAAUCAGGACAACGACAUUUCGAUGGAGAAGGCGUUCCGAGCCGCGGGGAACUUCCUGAACCCGUAUAUCCAGUCGCGCGUGGCGGUGGAUUUCGAGUUUGAGUAUUCGGGGGAGCUGUCAACGGUGUCCGCCUGGUACUACCAGGACGAGGCGUUUGACCCGCCCGAUCUGGUGGUCACCAACGGCUACGAUAACAUCCCCAAGCUGCUCAUGCAGGAAGCCACAAACGCAGGAGCAAAGCUGGUGCUCAACUUUGAAGUCACAGCCAUCACCCGUCUGUCCUCAGGAGGAGUGCAGAUCACGGGCAAGGACACCACCACGGGCGCCACCCGCUCCUACUCCGGUGACGCUGCCAUCAUCACUCUCCCCCUCGGUGUUCUCAAGGCCGGGGUUGUGACCUUCUCUCCCGCGCUCUCCACGCGAAAGCAAGGCGCUAUAAGGCGCGUCGGGUUCGGGAAUGUCAACAAGGUGUUUUUCUUCUACAAUACUACGUUCUGGCCGACCUGGGCGGACGAGUAUUUUAUCGAGGAUGCGCAGCUUCCGGGAAACCGCGGGCGGUGGGUUGACUGGGUGAAUCUGAAACGUGCAUGGGGUAUGACGGCUCUGGAGGGUGUUGCGACGGUCGUGCCGGUGGGGCUGGAAAAGGGGCGCCCCAGUCUAAACCCAUGGCGCCUAGGCGUUGAAAAGUGGACUCCUCCUGUCAUGAGGCCUGGCACGUUCCUUCUUUUCAGGUGGAUGGACGCUGAGCGAGAUGUGCAGCAAUUCCCGGAUCAAGCUAGUUUCGAUUCAUGCGAUUUCUACAGUGCAGAUCCCUUGGGUCCUCCUAGAAAAGUUGGCAUGGAUGUGUAUUUAGUGAGGAGGGCUGAGCAAGGCAAGACUCUGUAUUUUGGGAGCAGGGUAGGGUCAGACUGCUUCAACGGGCUCAAGGUGGCGAUUCCUGUGAGCUGA